AUGGGUGCAUCAGGCUUAGGUUCUGGUUUAGCAAAGUGCAUUAAUCUCUCAAAUUUGACACUUUAUCUUAGUUUGAAUGAUUUUGGUGGCAAAUUUGCAUCAGGCUUAGGUUCUGGUUUAGCAUAAUGCAUUAACCUCUCAAAUUUGAAACUUAUCUUUAUAAUAUCUGACUCUUUGGAUGAAUCAUAAGAACUCAAACUAAUAAGCAAGUGUCUUAAAUCAAAAAGAUUAGUUGUCUAUAAGAAAAAAUUCAUAUACGACUACUGA